AAAUUAACCACCACCAAAGAAAGUCUCAUCGAUGCUCCUUAAGUAUCUAGUGAUAUAGCAGCACCGCUAUCUAAUACUGUCACCCAACCAUUCAGGCAUUCUACGGUAGUGGAUUUGAGAUCUGGUUCACUUAUCUGCAAGGACAAAUGCAGGUGGUGUUUUGAGUUUUGGUUGUUGACAUCAUGGGGAAGCCUGCAAGAUGGUUAAAAAGUGUGCUACUUGGAAAGAAACAAUCCAAGUCUAGUGGUUCUAAAGACAAGGAGAGAGUUGUGAAUGGAAAAGAGGUAGUGGUGAUAUCAAAGAUUGAAGAAUCCGAUGUGGUUUCAGAUCUUCCAUCCUUUGGAAACGCAACAGUUCAUACCAGUGGUGUGGGAGAUACGCAGCCUACAGAACACGAAGCGGUUUCAGAUGAUGAGAUACAACUUCCUGAGGUCCAAGUCCAACCAACAGAUUCUCCAAACGCUGCUUCUGUUGUACCUGAUGACUCGUUAUCCGAAUCAGACAAAAUUAUGCAAGAGAUUGCAGCAACAACUGUCCAGGCUGCCUUUAGAGGCUACUUGGCUCGGCGUGCUUUCUGGGCGUUAAAAGGUAUAAUAAGGCUGCAAGCACUUAUCCGAGGUCACAUGGUUAGAAGGCAAGCUGUUGCGACUCUCUGCUGUGUAAUGGGAAUUGUCAGAUUGCAAGCACUUGCUCGAGGAAGAGAGAUCAGACAUUCUGACAUUGGAGUUGAAGUUCAGAGGAAAUGCCCGUUGAAUCAUCAGCAUUUGGAGAAUAAACUCCCUGAAGACUCUGUUGUUGAUACACAUACUUACCUGGGAAUCAAGAAGCUAACUGCAAAUGCGUUUGCUCAGAAGCUUCUAGCUUCCUCUCCAAACGUGAUGCCUGUGCACUUGGAAAAUGAUUCGUCCAACACAAUCUGGUUAGAGAACUGGUCAGCGUCUUGCUUCUGGAAACCAAUUCCUCAACCUAAGAAAACUUCAGUCAAGAAAACUCAGAAGAAGUUUGCCAGUAACUCUCAGAAGAGUGUUCGCAAAGUCCCUACUUCAAAUGUUGAACAUCCCUCGGUUGCACAGACAUCAUUUGAGCUUGAGAAACCGAAACGCAGCAGCUUCCGCAAAUUUUCAACAAGCCAAUCUGCAGAACUACCACCACCACCACCAGAGACUCCUCAAGUUGAUCUAGAGAAAGUGAAACGUGGGUUGAGGAAAGUGCAUAAUCCUGUAGUUGAGAGCUCUAUCCAACCUCAAGGAGUUACACAGAAGGAGAUUGAGAAGCCAUCUCCAGCUUUAGAAGAACCUGUGAAUAAUGCCUUUGAUGUGGAGAGAACAGAUGAAAUGUCUCAGCCUGAGGAGUUGAAACACAUUCAUGAACCAUUGGUAACCAAUGAAACACUUGACUCCACAUUGGUCAGCCAAAUCGAAGAAAAUGUGAUGGUUGAGGAAAAGGAGGAUGUGAAAGAAGAGAGAACUCCCAAACAAAACAACAAGGAGAAUCCAGCUAGGAAGGAGCAUAAAAGAUCAGGGAAGAAGGAUUCUCCGGUUACUACUACUGCUACUACUCCAACCACUGAGUGUCAAGAGAGUAGUAAUGUGAAUCAGAACAGUAGCCCGGGCCUACCAAGCUAUAUGCAAGCGACUAAAUCUGCAAAAGCAAAGUUGAGGUUACAAGGCUCUUCUUCCCCUAAGCAACAAGUGACUGAGAAAGCCACUAGACGUUACUCGCUACCAUCUUCAGGUAACAACGCAAGAGUCACUUCUGAUUCUCCUAAGACAACAAGAGUCUCAAACUCUAUUGGCAAAACUGGGAAGAAGACCGAGAAACCUCUUCUCAACGGGAAGAUAACUCCGGUAGAGUGGAAAAGAUGAUUGAAUGAUUAUGUGGUGAAAGAAAAGAAGGCCAUUAUUGAUCACUCUACAAUAUUUCACCAUUUAUCUUUAUAGUUAGUGUUUGUGGGUUGUAUUGAGAAUGUACAUCAUAUGUUUGUUUCUGUGGGAGUUUCAGUUUCUGUUUUCAU